AGAACGCUUGAUUGCGAGUAUUUGGACAGGGCCCAAAUCUCAUCAUUCUCAACCUGUCGUCCACUGCAGCAUCUGGCAUCUUUAUCGUCAGCAAAGCAGCACAAGACAACAGACAACAUUCAAGCGUAUUUGCACUCUGGAAGAAGGUCAACGAUGAUGGAGAAAUCGAGUAGCCAGUAUGACUCGUUCAUGUUCUGGAGGCAGCCUGUUCCGGCCCUGGAUCUUUCCGAGCUGCGGGACCUCGGCUUGCUCGACGGUCCCGGCAACCAAGGAGACGGGCUGAUCAAACGGGAUGAACAUGAACCGGAGUUGAGCGAGUUCUCGUCCUUCAACUACUGGAGAGAUCCGAUCGCUGAUGUAGACGCUCUGCUGGCAGACCUCAACCUGCUGCUCUGAGCCCCGCCCUCUGCCCCACCCAGAUGAAGCAUGUUACAAAAGCUGACGUGAUGCCGUUAAAUUGCUGCAUGUCGUGGUCUGAGCCUGCAAAACUACAACUGCCACUUUUGAGGUUGACAGAUUAGCUCAUCGCUUUAAUGAUUUUGCCUUUUUUUUUUUUUUCCAAAUCAAAAAUCUGUUGUUUUAAUAUAUUUUUAAGGCGUGUUUACGUUUUUGCCUAUUUCAUGCAGCUGAUUUGAUCAGCCUCACGCUUUAGCCCCUGGACAAAAUAAACAUUUUUGUCAUUUGAAUGUACCAAACAAUGGCAACAACAAUGAAAUGGAUUUUCUUUUGCUGCAACGGCAGCUGUUCGUGAAUUCUCAAAGCGUUCGAGGCCAAUGUCAACAACAAAGAUAGCAGAUUCUGAUCUAUUGUUUGUUGUUCUCGUUUGUCACAACAUAUUUUGACUCCAGUAUCAGCAAACCUUCAUCACAAUCUUCCUAGAAAUAAAGAAAUGUCGUAUUUUCAAA